GAAACAAAAGGCAGCCGGUGGUUUCUGUCUCUGUUCCCAGGUUUGCAACUGAAACCAGGGGGCACACCCAGCCUUAUAAGGAAAGCGUCGACGCCCACUCUCCCACUCAGAACUCCCUCAUCUCACGGCCUACAGGGAUUGCAAUCUGUUUUCCAAGCCUUUGUUUUGUGAGACUCCAAGAGGUGGAAGAUGAGCUCCUUGCAGACUUGGGUUGCUGAGCACAAGCUCACUAGCGUGGGAGCGUUCUGGGCUUCUGCCAUUGGAGCCUCCCUGGCUUACACACGGAAGAGGGCUCCACUUAUCAAGCCCAGCCUUCGGCUUAUACACGCCAGGAUGCAUGCCCAGGCUUUGACGCUGGCGGUGCUCUCCGGCGCGGCGCUGCUGCACUACUACGACGACAACCUUGCCGCCGAUGAUGACGAAAAAGUUUCUCCCACCGCCCUGGUUUAGAUGAUUUUUAUGGUGUUGUACGGUGUAUCUGUCGCUCUGUUGAAGGUGGCGAUAAGAGUGGGCAGUGAGUUGUUUCUGGUAGCGUAGGGGGGUAAAACUUGAUCUUCUGCUCACAUCUGGUCCACUUGUACUUAAUGUGAACGUUGCUAUGUAAUUUUGAGCUUAUGAGAUUCUCUUUACAGUGCGACCUUCUUUCUUUGAGCUUAAGAGACUUAGACUAGUGUGACUAAAUAAAUUUCAAAUGGAAUCGAUCCUAUGAUGCUUCUGUGAUCA